CGCAUGUUAAUUCAACAUGGCGGAACUUUUGGAACACGGUGAAGAUUGCACACGAAAGCCUUCUGCAGAAUCGAAUGCAAGAUUGCACCGAAAAUGCAAAGAGAGACUUGCAAAAGCCUGUCGAAAUUCGGCAUAUGUUAGAUUCAUGCUGGAUGCUAUGAGUAGACUAGGAUGUGAUGUGGAUCCAGACAAACACUUCGUAUGUGAACCCUGUGACCCAAAGCUUGUUGGAGGAUUUGAUCAUGAUGCCAAAGAGAUGUUCCUAUGUGAGAAUGCAAUAUACACCCAAAGUGCAAUGGAAAAUGUUCUAACUCACGAGCUCAUCCAUGCAUAUGAUAAUUGCAGAAUCAAAUAUGAUCCUGACAAUGUGAAGCACUUAGCUUGUACUGAGAUUCGUGCUGCAAACCUGAGUGGGGAUUGUUGGUUUUCUAAGGAGGCAUUUGGACGCUUCAAAUUCAGAUGGAGAGCUCAUCAGCAGGAGUGUGUUAAAACGAGAGCAGUUAAAUCCAUGUUAUGUGUCAGAAACAUAAGCAAGGAGGAAGCAGAGAAAGUUGUAGAGAGUGUAUUUGAUGCCUGUUUCCAUGAUACAGAACCAUUUGAACGCAUACCUCCUUGAACGAAGGACUGUGUGGACUAUGAUGCAACAGAACAUCACAUAAACAGAGAAGGAAUCAUGCUUCCUGAUCACAUCAACUUUAUGCUAUAAAUAAAGUAUUCUGUCCUGGGCUCAAACAAUAAUUGUUGGGAAAAUAAAAAAAAAAAGACACCAGUAAAGGAAUGGGAAAAGCACAGACAUUUCUUGUGAUCUUUUUUGCUCUUUCCCACUUUCUAAGUUAAGAGCCUCAAACAAGGUAACAGUUAAUUUGACCGAUGUCUGAUGUCAUCACUUGCCCUAAGAAUGAUAUGUGGGACACUCAGUAUAUCAGCAGUUUGAUUGACACAGGAUGAAUACCAGAAACACCGUCAUUUUCACAAGAAUUCUCUUAACUGAGAUGCAAGAAUCGUAAAAUGAAACUUUCAUUGUUACCACAGGAAACCUGGUUUUCUUAUGUUGUUCCCUUUCUUGAUAACAAGAUAUUUUUUACCAAGCAUUGGAAAUUUAUGAAUAAAAUCUAGUUUAAUGGUAUAAAAAUUCGACAAUAAAGAACACAUUGAAAUGA